AUGCCUGUCUCUCACAUCACCCUCACGGUCUCGCACCUGCCAACCUCGACCUCCUUCUUCUUAUCAUGUCUGCAACCAUUGGGAUACCAAUUCAUCGGGCGACACGACGACUACAUAGGUUUCGGUCAGAAGCAGGGGGAGCCUGCUGAUUUCUGGAUGACUGAGACCAAGCCUGGAACUCCUCCAGGUGCAGUUCAUGUCGCCUUCCCAGCCCCGUCGAGAGACGCAGUCGGCUCAUUCUUCAUAAGCGCUCUCAAAGCAGGCGCGAAGAUACAUGGGGAACCCAAGGAGCGAGAUUCGCACUCCGGGUACUUCAGUGCAGCCGUCGUCGACUUCGACGGUAACAGCAUUGAAGCCGUGUACCGGCCCGAAGUGUCGUCCGCUGCAUCGGCGGUCAGCGGGCCAACAAUGGCCCUGCUGGAGGAUUCCAACCGAUCCGUGGUUUCGAAGGCCAGCAGUCGAGCUAGCACCGUCAAGCCAGAGAGCGUCGCCCCGAGGUCCGAAGCAGGAUCCGUGGCCAGGUCUGUGGCCAGAUCUGAGGCUCGUUCCGAAGCUAGAUCUGAGGCCAAGUCUCGUGCACCCACGAUGGUGUCCAGGGCUCCUACAGCCGUUGAGCGUUCUGCUCCUACUGUCGUCACUCGCGCCCAGGCCCCGCCGCAGCCCUCGUACAUCGUGGCAACGGCCCCGGUCGAUGACGGCAGCAAAGCGGCCAAGACCAUCGUCGGUACGCUCAUUGGUGCCGCUGCCGGUGCGGCAAUCGCAUAUGCAAUGGUCAAGGGCGACUCACAGUCCACCGAAGAGCCAAAGAGCCAGUCUCAAUUCCCCACGGAUUUCCCGCAGAUCAAGGCUGCCGCUCAGUCCUUCUUUGGUGCUGGCAACAACAACAAUAACGUUCCUCAAGAGCAACAGCCCCAGCAGUUCCGCGCUAUCGAGGCACCACCACCACCUCGCAGCAUCUACUCGGCCGCCUCAGGCGCCUCAGGCCCACGGUCUACGCUCUCCCGCAGCGUGUCCUCCAAGAACCCACGUGCCAGCACCAUCUACGAGGGCACUGAAUUCCUGGGCGACAACAUGCGCCGUGCAUCCGAGGGCUCGGUCUACACCAUCAACGAGGACGCCCCACUCCGCGCCAUCGAGUACCCGCCUGCCAGUGCCGCUUCCCAGCAGCGGUACCCCUGCGCUCCCUCCACGUUUAUCAGCAGCUAUCAUGAGGACAUGCCACGCCACAUGUCAACAGGCAGCGUGCACAGCGCCCAGAGCGCUUCGACCGUGAAGGCCGCCUCGGCUACACGUCGCCACAGCUCCGACGACAAGGACGGCUACUCAUCCGUCAGUCACCGCAGCCAGAGCGUGCACAGCCAUCACAGUCAGCAAUCGCACCGCUCCGUGCGCACCUCCUCGCACGCCGGCAGGGACAAGGACAAUGCCAGCGUUGCGUCAUCCAAGUCCGCGCGCAACAUCCCCCUCCCGGUGACCUCGACACCUAGUUUCUACUCCAGCUCGAGUAUCCACAGCAAAGACAUCGCUAUUGGACCCAAGGAUUCCUACGUCAGCCCCAGUGACAACUACGGGCCUAAGGAUUCGUAUAUCUCCGCCCGUCAUGUAUUGCUGCCCGAAAGUGUGCUCGACGUCGACGUUGAAUCCAAUGUGUCGCCCGAUGAUUCGAUCAGCCAGGCUGGCGGCCGUUCCCACCAUUCUACCCGCUCGCACCGCUCUCAUCGCUCCAGUCAUUCUAAGCGGGAGCCGAGCGUGCACUCCAAGUCCGGUUCCAAGUUCGAUGAGGCUGUGAGACCCGCUGAUUCCGUUAGUCAGGUGUCUCGGGCCUCACAGCGCACUGUCAAGGCUGAAGGCAGCAAGGCUGGCUCCAAGGUAGGUGGCAGUCGUCGCAGUAGCCAGGUUGCAUGA